AAAAUGAAGAAGAAGUAGUGCCGACAUCGAUGAGAAAAGUUUCCCGUAAAAUCAAAACAGCAUUGUUUUUUCGAAUAAAAUUAUUGUUACAAAAUACAUAUUUCAAUCAUGCCAUUGCCACUAAUCGCACCGAAUGCAGUUGAGCCGAUGCAAGUUGAUGCUCAGCCGGAAGAUAAUGAGAACAACGAAGAAGACAUGUAUAUCGUGGAAAAUCCGACCAUCGAUUUGGAGGUGUAUGCCAACCAGUAUACAGGGCUGGCCAAGUUGCACCGGUUGAUCUACAUAGCGGACCACUGUUCUGCCCUCCGACUGGAGGCGCUGAAAAUGGCCAUCAACUAUGUGACCACGACGUACAACGUAACGCUCUAUCAACAUUUGCAUAAGAAGCUGGCCGAUAUGUCCGGCGGAAGUACCCUUCCGGACGUCGCGGCUCAGUCCAGUUCCCAGGAUAUACCAAGCUUCGAUCAAGCAUGGGUUGAAACGAAGAGCAAGAAAUCUGCAUUGAAGUUGGAAAAACUGGAUUGCGAUUUGAAAAACUAUCGAGCAAACUCUAUCAAGGAAAGCAUUCGACGUGGACACGAUGAUCUCGGAGAUCAUUACUUGAACUGUGGUGAUCUGUCCAAUGCACUAAAAUGUUACUCCAGGGCUCGUGAUUAUUGCACUAGUGGCAAACAUGUGGUUAACAUGUGUCUCAACGUUAUCAAGGUUUCAAUCUAUCUUCAAAACUGGUCGCACGUAUUGAGCUAUGUGGCCAAAGCGGAGAAUACCACAGAAGUAGCGGAGACUUCGAAAGACAAGGAUCCCAAUCAGGCCGUUAUUACACGUCUGAAAUGCGCAGCUGGGCUAGCUGAGCUUGCCACAAGGAAGUAUAAGUCUGCCGCGAAGCACUUCCUGCAGGCGAACUUCGAUCUGUGUGACUUUCCGGAGAUGAUUUCCACAAACAAUGUGGCAAUGUAUGGAGGCCUUUGCGCUUUGGCUACGUUCGAUAGGCAGGAGUUGAAGAAUGUUAUUUCUAGCAGCUCGUUCAAGCUUUUCCUCGAACUGGAACCGCAGCUUCGUGACAUCAUUUUUAAAUUUUACGAAUCUAAGUACGCAUCCUGUCUGAAGCUACUCGAUGAAAUCAAGGACAAUCUCCUGCUGGAUAUGUAUAUUGCACCCCACGUGAAUGCGCUAUAUACCCAAAUCCGCAACCGAGCUUUGGUGCAGUAUUUCAGCCCAUACAUGUCGGCAGAUAUGCGUAAAAUGGCAACUGCCUUCAAUCGCUCGGUAGCGGCACUUGAGAACGAACUCAUGCAGUUGAUACUGGAAGGUCAGAUUCAAGCACGAAUCGAUUCGCAUAACAAGAUUUUGUAUGCCAAGGAUGCCGACCACAGAUGCGCAACGUUCGAGAAAGCUAUCAACGUAGGAAAUGAGUUCCAGAGGCGUUCGCGAAUGCUCAUUUUGAGAGCUGCCAUGGUGAAGCACCACAUUCAUGUCAAGAACCAACCUCGCGAGAGCAGUCAUGCCACGGAAAUUCUCCCAGCUACAGGAUCGUCCUCUUCUACCUUAGUGCGCAACUGAUUGAAUGAAGAUGAUUUCUUCUUUCGAUUCAAGAGAAAACCUAAAUAGAAAGAAUAUGACUACAGAUGAUAACAGAAUCCCAAAUGGAGUUUCAAAGCCAGGAAUGGAAAUACGAGUGAAUAUCGUUAUCGGAAAACGGCUUCUGAUUCGACGGAGCAAGAAGAAUGGAACAAAUUCACAUCUCUUACAAUUGAUAUGUCAUACUGAUUAUAAUUCAAAAUAAACGUACAUAGUUCGGAAUAAUUCAAGUUUAAAA